CACAAACACGAACGACGACUGCGAGCACCUCAGCCACCCCCACCACACGCACAGCAGCAGCACGACGCGAUGAAGGUGGACUUCCAGAUCCCGGCCGACGCCGACGAUCUGCUGGCCACAGAUGCAAAUGUCUUCUCUGUCGCAACCUUCUCCGAUGUGCGCAGAAUCUCGGAGUACAACCUCAACGACAUGAUUGCAGAUGCGACAAAGACAUUCAAGGAUGGCACGGAGAUCAGCUACAACUCGACAUUUGACGUCUUCUUCAGCCUGGCACGGUUUUUCGGGGACUUGAGCCCCACAGUGCAGAAAGCAACCUGCUCAUCACUGUUGUCAGGGAUGCAGUGGUUUGGGCGCACGCUCCAGUCUCGCCUGCCUGAGAUGAACAGCAACAGCAGCGAGGCGCAGCUUGGCCGCAACUGCCUCAAGAUGUACACGUACCUCAUCAGCUUGAUUGCCUCCCAUCAGGAGGGAGAGGCCGUCAAGCCAACGCAGCACCUGGGCGGCGCCACAAAGAAGACCAAGAAAACCAAGUCUGAGUUUUCGUGGAGCCAGGAGCGAGAACGCCUGCUUGCCAUGAUGCUGUCGCUCCUUCAGCUCGAUGUGCCAAAGCUGUGGCCCAUGUCCUGCCCCGAGGAGCAGUUUGUCAACCUCAUUACGCGGUUUGCAUAUGUUGCGCUGGAGAACCCUGAGGUGGUCAAGGACAAAGACGUGAUGCACCUGCUCACCAGCAUCCUUGGUCUCAUGGUCCAGAAGUACAACCACAGCCUCGGCGCAUCCACAGCCAUUGUGCACUUGCUGCCGCACUUCGAGCACCUCUCCCACCCACUGGCUUCGAUGCUGGCGGCGUUUGCACACGACUUUGACAGCCCAGCCGUUGUCACAGACGUCCUCAGGGAGAUUGCUAAGAUGGACAACAGCGAUUUCGUGCGCGAUGCAAGUGGUUCCCGCUACUUUGCGUCUUUCCUGGCAGAGCUCGCCACUCUUGUGCCAGAACUGGUGCUGCCGUCCCUCAGCUUGCUGCUGCCCCAUCUCGAUGGAGAGGCGUAUCCCAUCCGCAACGCGCUGCUGAAGAUGAUUGGCGCCAUCUUGACCACCCAGCUCCGCGCGGACCUGACACCCAAUAUGGCAGCCACCCGCGACGAGCUCAUUGCCAUCUUGGAGGAGCGCCUGGUGGAUGUCUCGGCGUAUGUGCGCAAGCAGGCGCUGCAGGUGUGGCAGCAGCUGGCACGCGAAAAGGCUAUCCCCCUCAAGCAGCUGCAGCAGAUUGUACCCGCGUGCCUGCAGCGUUUGGAGGACAAGUCGAGCCUUGUCCGCAAGCAGGCCAUUGCCUUUAUGACCACCAUCAUGCGGUGCAACCCGUACGGCGACCGCCUGGACUCGUCCUCGUUUGCAGCCACACUGGCGGAGGAGGAAGCCAAGCUCAAGGCCCUCAUGGUGGACGCAGGCCUGCCUGUCGACGACGCUGGCACCACCACCACCACCACCAGCAAGAACAACGAUGACAGCAACGACGAGGCUGAUGCUGAAAACAAGGUCAAGGCUGAGGAAGAGAAUGAAGUUGAUGACCUGAUUCAAGACUCUGACACGGGCGAGCAGAGUGAUGUGGAGGCAGCUGAAGACAGCACAGUGGCAGAUGAAGCAGCACGGACAAAUGCUGAUGGCAACGACGACAUCAAGGAAGAGAGCGCUGAGCUGAAGCAGCAGCGUGUCAUCACGGCGUACCUCCGGGAUGCCGCGGCAUUCUCGCGAGCAUUGGAUGCGGCUGUGCCUCUUGUCACCCAGCUCCUUGGCUCAACCACAACCACAGAUGUCACCGAAGCCAUCCAGUGCUUGGUGGUGGCUACGGAGUUCAAGGUGUGCGCUGCCGAUGCUGGCGUGCGCAAGAUGCUUGUCCUUGUGUGGAGCAAGGACGCUCCUGUGAAGCAGGCUGUUCUUGACGCUUACCGCCAGCUCUUCUUCAAGCCAGACCCAGCCCUCUUCAAGACCAAGAAGGCUCAGCACGGCAUGGUGGCCAAGAGUCUGAUGAGGCUGACGCAGAACGCCACGCUCGCAGACUUGUCAUCCCUGCAAGAGCUCGUGUGCAUCAUGAUUGCGGAGAAGGAGCUGGAUGACGGUGUCCUGAAACAGCUGUGGGAUGUGGUGGCACAGCGCGUCCCCAACAUGACUGUCGCGCACGUGCAGCAAGCUGUCAUUGUGCUUGGAAUGGCGGGCAAGGCCAUGCCAGACAUGAUCAAGGACAAUGUCGGGUUGCUGGUGGCCACUGGUACGGGCCCGCUUGCACAGGAAACGCUUCUCCUCACCCGGGACGUUUGCAUUGCCCUUCAAAAGCUGCCCGGCUCAAAGCGCAUCACAUCGCGCACGAAGCCCCAGCGGUUCCCACGCGAUCACGCGAUGUUCGCGUCUUUCCUCGCUGUCAUCAAGAACGCAGUUACCUCGCCGAUCGAAGGGUUCAUUCCUGCCGCAGAGCAGAUGGUGAACAUGGUGUUCAAGAUGGCGGAACAGCCAGACGUGCUGUUGACGCCUUUCUUGAAGGAGAUGACCGAGUGUGUGAUGGCGGCACCACGCGAUGGCGGCGGGGGCGCCGUUGAUAUGACAACACGCCUCACGCGCCUCAUGUUCGUCCUCGGCCAUGUUGCGGUGAAGCAACUUGUUCAUGCAGACUACGUGCUGCUGGAGCUUAAGCGACGGCGCAUGCGCCAGGAAGAGGUGGACGCUGCGCACAAGAGCAAGGCCAAGACCAACAAACAGAAGGACGAGGAAGACGAUGAGAUGGGCGUUGGCGGCGCCUCUGCUGAAGAUCUUGAAGCCGAAUUCAUCCACGAUGUCUGCGAACGCGAGCUUGUGCUGGGCAACACGCUGUUGACCAGCUAUGGCUCUUUGAUUGUGAGCGUGUGUGUGGCGCCACAUGUGUUUCACAACGCGCAUCUUCAGGCCGCAGCUGUCUUGGCCCUGACCAAGUUCAUGUGCAUCAGCUCGCAGUUCUGCGACAGCCACCUCCAGCUCCUGUUUACGAUUCUCAAGUCGUCGCAGUACCCUCAGGCUCGGUGCAACGCCAUCAUUGCUCUUGGUGAUCUUGCCUUCCGUUUCCCAAACCUCAUCGAGCCCUGGACCGACCAUCUCUAUGCAAGAUUGAAGGACGAGAACCAGCAGGUGCGCCUGAAUGCGGUGAUGGUGCUGACCCACCUCAUCCUCAACGACAUGGUGAAAGUGAAGGGCCAGAUCAGCAACCUCGCCGUCUGUCUCGAAGACAACUGCACGCGCAUUGCCGACCUUGCUCGCCUGUUCUUCUCCGAGUUGUCGAACAAGGGCAAUGCCAUCUACAACGUCAUGCCAGACGUCAUCAGCCACGUUUCGCAUGAGGAAGAAGUGACGCCUGAAAAGAUGAAGAGCAUCAUGACAUUCCUCUUCUCGUUUAUCAAGAAGGAUCGUCAUGCUGAGAGUCUGGUCGAUAAGCUGUGCCAGCGCUUCCGCACGACGCACGAGGUGUCGCACUGGCGCGGAUUUGCCUUCUGCCUCUCCCUCAUCAACUACUCUGAUCGCUGCCUGAAGAAACUCAACGAUCAGUUUGCCUGCUAUCACGACAAGCUUGGGGAUGAGGCCAUCUACUCCAGCUUCCAAGACAUCAUUGGCAAGGCGAGCAAAUUUGCCAAGCCGGAGACAAAGGAGCUUGUUGCCGUGCUGGAGCAGCGCAUCAACAAAUGCCACGAGCAGGGUGCCGAGGGCGCCACCAUUGCUGCCAACGCUGCAAAGGCGAAGAAGAAGACGGGCAGCAAGCGGUCAAGUGGGCGUGGCCGCAGCAGCGCGAGUGUCAGCAGCAGCACUGGUGAUGAGGACCCAGCCAUGCAUGACACCGACGACACGGAGAACAGGGUGACCCGUGGUGGUGGGAAGCGCAGCUGUGCUGGACGCAAGAAGGCUGCUGCCAACAGCAAGAAGGGCAGAGGCAAAGCAACUGCAAAGCAGCAGCAGCAGAAGCAGAAGCGCAAGGCAACACGUAAGCAUGGGAUUCGCAGCUCACAGCUUGAAGACUCUGAUGACUCUGAAGGCGAUGGCGAUGUGUCUGACUUUGAGGUGAGCGGUGAUGAUUUCAGUGACAGCAACGCUGCUGCUGUUGACAUGCUGCUUGACGAGAGCGACGACGAGGAGGAAGACGUGAAUGUGUCGCGCGUGGACCGGAAGCGCAAGACGGUGAAAUCGCGGCGGCAGCGCGCCCUCCGCCUCAUUCAAGAAGAGGAAGAGGAGGAGUUGGGUGGCGAGGAAGACGUUCUCCUGGCAUGAGCCGGCCUGCAUUUGUUUGCAUGAUGUUGUGACGUUGGGCAUGAUGUCGUUGUGUGUUUGAUUGGUUUGGCGUGCGUGCGUGUGCUUAUGUUCAUGUGUGUGUGUGUGUGCGUGUGUGUGUGUGUGUGUGUGAACUGCUGACCUGAAUCACGUCAGUCGCGCAAACACCUUUGAUGCUUUCUACUUGCUUGACACUUGUUUGUUUUGUUUCCUUUUCGUUGUUCUUACAUUACGUUCCAGAAAGCCAUUUGUUGCGGCUCACACAUUGCACGCUUUAGUGCCGUUACUGUGACUGAUUUGCACCUGUUCCCUGCACUGUUUCUUCUCUUUUUUUCACCUACUGCUGUUUGCAUGGGAUUGUUUCGUUCCAAUACACGAAAGGGCAU